AUGGGUUCUACAGGAGAAUCGGCGGCGGUGACUCGCUUCAGCGACAAUGUCGUGCCUCAGGCUCCAGAGGACCCGUUGUUCGGUCUGAUGGCCGCAUAUCGCCGAGACACAUAUGACAAGAAGGUCGACUUGGGCAUCGGCGCAUACAGAGACAACAACGCGAAGCCAUGGGUUCUACCCGUUGUUAAGAAGGCAGAUGAGAUUCUUCGAAACGACCCCAAUCUGAAUCACGAAUACCUCCCCAUCGCUGGCCUUCCAGACUUCACCUCGGCGGCGCAGAAGGUGAUCCUGGGUUCAGACAGCCCCGCCAUCAAAGAAGGACGGGUAUGCUCACUUCAAACCAUCUCAGGCACCGGAGCCGUCCAUCUAGGCGGUCUCUUCCUUUCCAAAUUCCUACAGUCGCCCACAAUCUAUGUCUCGAACCCGACGUGGGCCAACCACAAUCAAAUCUUCACAAACGUCCACCUCCCCAUCAAACAGUACCCUUACUUCUCCGCAAAGACAAAGAUGCUCGACCUAGACGGUAUGCUCAGUACACUGAAGGCUGCAGACAAUGGUAGUAUUGUGCUCCUGCACGCCUGUGCACACAACCCUACCGGCGUCGAUCCGACACAAGAGCAAUGGAAACAAAUUGCACAAGUGUGCCGUGAGCGCUCGCUUUUCCCCUUCUUCGACUGUGCCUACCAGGGCUUCGCUUCGGGUGACCUAGCGAAGGACAGUUGGGCGAUCCGACACUUUGUGGAAUUGGGAUUCGAACUGGUCAUUGCCCAGUCGUUUGCCAAAAACUUUGGUCUCUACGGCGAGCGUGCCGGUGCCUUCCACUUCAUCGCCGCCCCGAGUUCCAAGGCUCAAGACAUCGCCAAGCGCGUCUCAAGCCAGCUGGCCAUCCUACAACGCAGUGAAAUCAGUAAUCCUCCUGCCUACGGUGCCAGAAUCGCCAGCACAGUCCUCAAUGAUCCCGAACUCUUUGCUCAGUGGGAAGCCGACCUGCGCACUAUGUCUGGACGGAUCAUCGAGAUGCGAAAGAGCCUGAAAGCGGAGCUGGACAGACUCGGCACACCCGGCAACUGGGACCACAUCACAAGUCAGAUCGGCAUGUUCACCUUCACAGGUAUCAGCGAGGCGCAAGUCCUGGCCAUCCGCGAGAAGUGGCAUGUGUAUAUGACCAAGAACGGAAGAAUCAGUAUGGCGGGCCUCAAUACCGGGAACGUCAAGUACUUUGCAGAGGCGCUGGACGAUGUCGUCCGGAACGUGAAAUGA